AUGGCAGCUGCGGGGCGACGAUGGCACAGGCGGCCAUGGUCGAUGGCCGCUGCGAUGAUUUGCGCGUUGGGUCUGGGCUUGGCUGCCGCAUUUGUUGGCCCAGCCUCCGCAGCCAAAGAUGCUGCAACUGCAAGCCUACGGAGGCCAAGCUCAUGGCCUUUAGGGGCCGAGGGCCGCAGCAGUUCUGGACCUGGCCUAGCCUUGUCUGUCCUGAUCGCUGGGGCAGGUCCUUCAGGGCUGCUGCUGGCACACCGCUUGCUCUCGGCCGGGGCAUCGGUGCGUCUCGUCGAAGGCCGACGUGAUCCGCGGACGGACAAGUCGCUUCAGGGCCGCGCCUAUGCGCUGGGCCUGGGCAUCCGGGGGCGCACAGCCAUCAGGACAGCUGGAGAGGAACUCUGGGCAUCCAUCAAGCCAAACGGCUUUGCCAGCGAGCGGUUCAAGCUCCACCUUUCUCCCAGCUUCGCCAUCGACCUUCGUACCCCAGAAGACAACAGCGGGCUGGAGCCCAGCCUUCUCAUCUACCAGUCUGAUCUUUGCUCCGCAAUGUUGGAUGACUUGGAACGUUCUUUCUCAGGAACUGGGAGGCUGCAGACUUCCUUCGACACUCGCUUGAAGUCUGCGGAUCCCAUUGCAGGUUCGGCAGUGCUCCAAUCGGGUGACAAGUUGGAGGAGCUGGCCCCAGUGGACGUGAUCGCUGGCUGCGACGGCGUGAAUUCUGCAGUCCGAGCGAGCAUCGCCGACGCGUGUGCCGGCUUCAAGGUUGAGCAGAAGCAGUUGCCUGGUAGCCUGAAGGUUCUGCGAUUUCCGCAGAUGCCUGAGAAAUUGGAUCCGACCGCCGUCCACGCCAUACCGGGCAAGGGCGGGACCUCUGCAUUCGUGGAACCCACAGCUCGUGGAGGCUGCGCCCUCAUCAACUGGAGGGAACCAGGGCAGGAUGCGAAGACAGAGCCGGGCCUCGGAGACCUCACAGAUGCUGCCAAGGCACGGGAAGUGUUGGCGGCGUCCUUUCCCCUUAUCGCAGAUGCGAUGGACGAGGAGUCCGCCAAGCAGUUCGUGUCGCAAAAGGCUUCUCGUGCUUCCACCGUGAAGUGCAAUACAUACUCCUUUGGGAGGGCCGUGCUCUUGGGUGAUGCGGCCCAUUCUACGGGGGGUGCCAGUGGGCAGGGCUGCAACUCUGCGCUGCAGGACGCAGUGGUCUUGGCUGAGAUUCUGCAGAAAGAAGUUGCGGAUGCCGGGCACGAUGUGCCUGAGGCUUUGGCCCUGUACUCGAAAAAACAGGUGCCGGAAGGUCACGCCUUGCUGGACCUGUCGCUGGGCCCCGGCGAUUCUGCCGGUCCUUUGAGACGAUCACUUUAUGGGGCCGCUUCUUUCGCAGGGACACUUUUGAGCAAGCUUGGGCUGGCGGAGCCGCCUCUUCAGACACAGCUGACGACCUGCCUGACCUCCUUCACAGAAAUUCGUCGAGACCGAGACCUGUACUUCGGAGAUUUUCCGAGCCAGGAGGAGUUUGAUCGUGAGAUUGAGAAGAACACGGCGUGA